AUCGAUACGCCCCAGGAUCCAUCACUAAAAUGAACGGUGAUGAUUUCUAUUCCUUUUAUAAAACAAACUGACGCAGACGCUGUUGGAUAGUUUGAGUUUACGAUUUUGCGACAACAAUCGGUCCCGAUUUGUCUUCUUCUUCUUCAACUUUCCAAAUUUCGUUUCGGCUUUCUAAGCAACUGGAACACUUAGGGUUUCGUGUUGUUUCUGAUCAAUUGGAUUGCCACGGUGAUUAGCUAUGGCAGUAGCCGAAGAUGCAGAGCAGGAAGUUGCACCACAGAACAAGAAACCACCUACUGAGGAUGAGAAGAGGAGAAAGAAAAUUGUGCCUGGAAGUUUGAUGAAAGCUUUGCUAAGACCUGGUGGGGGUGAUUCAAGGCCUUCAGAUGGUGAUCAGGUCAUAUAUCAUUGCACCAUUCGAACAUUGGAUGGAGUUGUUGUUGAAUCUACUCGAUCAGAAAAUGGAGGCAGGGGUACCCCAAUAAGACAUGUUUUGGGCAAAAGCAAGAUGAUAGUGGGAUUGCUAGAAGGAAUUCCAACAAUGUUAAAGGGUGAAGUGGCAAUGUUCAAGAUGAAACCUCAAGUGCACUAUGGUGAGGAUGAUUGUCCAGUUUCGGUUGUCAAUGAAUUUCCGAAGGAUGAUGAACUUCAUUUUGAGAUUGAGAUGAUAGAUUUCUUCAAAGCCAAGGUUGUAAGUGAUGAUUUGGGAGUUGUAAAGAAGGUAAUAAAUGAAGGGCAGGGUUGGGAAUCACCAAGGGAACCUUAUGAAGUAAAAGCUUGGAUUUCUGCAAAGACUGGUGAUGGCAAAUUGAUUCUGUCACAUAUGGAAGGAGAACCAUAUUUCUUUACUUUUGGAAAAUCCGAGGUACCUAAAGGUCUUGAGAUGGGAAUCGGAAUAAUGACACGUGGAGAGAAGGCAGUAGUAUAUGUCACCAGUCAGUACCUAACUCAAUCCCCAUUGAUCCCUGUGAUAGAAAGUUUUGAAGAAGUACACUUUGAGGUGGAGCUUGUCCACUUCAUUCAGGUGCGGGACAUGCUUGGAGAUGGGCGCCUAAUAAAACGCCGAAUUCGUGAUGGGAAAGGUGACUUUCCGAUGGAUUGCCCUCUUCAUGACAGUCUAUUACGUGUCCAUUACAAGGGCAUGCUUCUUGAUGAUGAAAGGAGGGUCUUCUAUGAUACAAGAGUUGAUAACAAUGAUCAGCCUUUGGAGUUCAGUUCUGGAGAAGGGCUUGUACCUGAGGGCUUUGAAAUGUGUAUUCGUUUGAUGCUGCCUGGCGAGAUAGCUCUUGUCACCUGUCCACCUGAUUAUGCAUACGACAAGUUCCCAAGGCCAGCUAAUGUUCCUGAAGGUGCUCAUGUUCAAUGGGAAAUUGAACUUCUUGGUUUUGAGAUGCCAAAGGAUUGGACUGGUUUGAACUUCAAAAGUAUAAUGGAUGAUGCAGAGAAGAUAAGACUCACAGGGAACAGGCUAUUCAAAGAAGGAAAAUUUGAACUUGCUAAAGCAAAGUAUGAGAAGGUACUUCGGGAAUUUAACCAUGUCAAUCCACAAGAUGAUGACGAAGGGAAGGAGUUUGUAAAUGCAAGAAAUCUAUUACAUUUGAAUGUGGCUGCAUGCCAACUGAAACUGGGAGAAUGCAGAAAGUCCAUCGAGACCUGCAAUAAGGUUUUAGAUGCAAACCAUGCACACGUAAAGGCUCUUUACCGUCGUGGAAUGGCCUACAUGGCAGCUGGAGAUUUUGAGGAAGCAAGGGCUGAUUUCAAAAUGAUGAUGAAAGUCGACAAGUUAUCUGAAGCUGAUGCAACAGCUGCUCUUCUUAAACUAAAGCAGAAGGAGCAGGAAGUUGAGAAGAAGGCUCGGAAACAAUUUAAAGGAUUAUUUGACAAGAAACCAGGGGAAAUCGCUGUUGCUGGAUCAGAAGAUAAAGAAGAUAAUGAUACAGGUGAAAACCCUAACAAUUUUGAUAAGGAGGAUUCGGAUGCAGAUAAUUCAGAGGAAUCACGUGAAGCUGAAGCUGAUGCUGAUCAAAUGGGUUGGUUCUCCCGCAUCUGGCCUACUGGUGGAAGACUAUUUUCAGCUCUUGGGCUGCAAAGAUGUUCUAUAUUAUGAUUUUUGUAUCAAACUAAUCCUGGGGUUAGGACAUCUCACUUGUGAUCCAUUGGCUACAGUGGAGCUGGGGAUAGUACAAAAAAGAUCAUAGUGUAGUUACCAUAUAUAUACCAAGAAAUAGAAAGUAGCAAAUAAAUGAUUAUCCUAUC